CGCCCCCGCUUCUCAGUCCCGGCCCUAUAUAACAACCCUCCCAUCCCUCCAUCCCUCCACCCCUCCAGGACCGUCCACUCACCACCAUGUCUGCCAACUCCCACGUCAUCGUCGUCGGCGGUGGCCUCUCCGGCCUCUCCGCCUGCCACACAAUCCUCGAACGCGGCGGCUCCGUCUUGUUACUCGAAAAGAUGCCGUUCUGCGGUGGCAACUCCACGAAGGCGACAUCCGGUAUCAACGGCGCUCUAACCCGUACCCAAAUCGAGCUCGGUAUCCGCGACUCCGUUCAGCAAUUCUACGCCGACACCUUGAAGUCUGCUCGAGACCUCGCUCGUCCUGACCUCAUCAAAGUCCUUACCUACAAAUCCGCCAGCGCCGUCGAAUGGCUUCAAGACUCCUUUGGAUUGGAUUUGAGUUUGGUUGCGCGUUUGGGAGGACAUUCUCAGCCGCGUACCCACCGUGGGAAGGAGAUGUUCCCCGGUAUGACAAUCACGUACGCACUCAUGGAGAAACUCGAAGAAAUCGCCGAAAACGAGCCCACCCGCGCACGCAUCCUCAAGAAAGCCAAAGUAUUCAAACUCAUUAAAGAAGGUGACAAAGUUGUCGGUGUCAAAUACGAACAUGAGGGGAAACAACUCGAGGAGCGUGGACCGGUUGUGUUGGCUACGGGGGGGUAUGCCGCUGAUUUCGGGGAGGACUCGUUGUUGAAAAAGUUCCGUCCCGAUAUCAUUGAUUUAUCCACUACCAACGGAAUUUCGUCCACCGGCGACGGCCACAAAAUGGUCAUGGACCCCUCCAUCGGCGGAAAGGGUAUCGACAUGGAAAAAGUCCAGGUCCACCCCACAGGCCUCAUCGACCCCAAAGACCCCAACGCAAAAGUCAAAUUCCUCGCCGCCGAAGCCUUACGCGGCGUGGGCGGCCUAUUGCUCGACGCAGACGGCAAGCGCUUCGUCGACGAGCUCCAACACCGCGAUUUCGUCACAAACGAAAUGUGGAAAAACAAAUUCCCGAUCCGUCUCGUACUCAACGGGAAAGCUUCCAAAGAAAUUGAGUGGCAUUGUAAACACUACGUUGGCCGUGGUCUCAUGAAGCGUGCCUCUUCCGGUCAGGAACUCGCUGCGGAGAUGGGGAUUGAAGCUGAGGUGCUUGCGCAGACGUUUGCGGAGUACAACACGUAUGCUUCGGGGGAUAAACCUGACCCGUUUAAGAAAAAGUUCUUCCAGAAUGCACCGGUUGAGAUGGAUGAUGACACUUUCCACGUCGCACUCAUGCAACCCGUCCUCCACUACACAAUGGGCGGUAUCGAAAUCAACGAUAUCGGGCAAAUCCUCUCAUCCUCCACCCCUCCCGCUCCAAUCGAAGGCCUCUUCGCAUGUGGUGAACUCGCGGGCGGAGUCCAUGGCGCAAACAGGUUGGGCGGGAGUUCGUUGUUGGGGUGUGUCAUCUAUGGGCGUGUUGCGGGUGAUUCGGCGAGCAAGUACUUGAUGGGGAAGUUGAUUGAGGGCAAGGGCGCCGAAGGGGCGGGGGAGAGGUUGGGGAUGGUGGGGAGUCAUUUGAUUGAUUCGAGGGUUAGGAUUGACCCUGUCUCGAAGAAGGUUUCGAUCGACUUUAUGUGGGGUGACGACAACCAAUCCUCCUCUUCCUCCACCGGCUUUGGACAGCAGAGCAGUGAGCCGAAAGGAGAGGCUACUGGGUUUGCCGUGACAGGCCAAGACCAAACCCCAGCCACCGUCAAAAAACCCGCAAAAGGCAUGCAAAUCCCCGACGCGACAUACACCCUCUCCGACAUCGCCAAACACAACACCGAAUCCGAUAUCUGGGUUACGGUCAACGGUCUCGUCCUCGACGUUACCAACUUUUUGGACGAACACCCGGGGGGCGCGAAGGCUAUUUUGUUGUACAAGUAUGCGCCGGAUACUUGUGUUGGGAGGUUGAAGGAGUGAGUAAGGGGGAGGGGAGAAUUGGUGUAGGAUAUCGAUGGGAAGGAAGAGUGUAUGAUGUGGAGUAUGGUUUUCUUGUUGCUUACCGUGAGAUUGGGAGGGUUUCUUCUCAUUUAAACCAAAUAUACCUUUGCUACAAACCAUCCGCAAUCUCCAAGUCAUGAC